UCUCCGUCCGAUUUAAAAAUCCAACGCAGGGCGCAUGUGCAGUGAUGACGUUGUACGACGGUGGGGAGAUAAAAGAGAGUAAGGGAAAGAACAACUACACCGUAAAGAAAAGCGGUGCAUAGUUUUUGUGUCAAGUGGUGUUUUAAUAAAUAAAAAUCAGUGAAAAAUCGACGAAAAAUCGUUCACGAGCGUCCAGCGGUAGUGUCAGGAUGGCGUCCGACGAAGAAGUGGACGAAUCUUUUGCCGGGGAGGAGGACGUCGCCGACGAGGGCACCAACGAUCAAAUUGAUAACGACCAGGAGUCCGACGAGGCGGCCCCAAAAGGCGGAGAAGAAGAUGACGAUUAUGAACCAGAAGACGGCCGUAAGAAAAAGAAGGGGAAGAAACGGAAAGCAAGAGGCGAGGAAAAGAAGGGGAAGAAAAAGAAAAAGAAACGAAAAAAUGACAGUGGAGACGAAAGUGAUUAUGGCGACGAUGAUGCUGCCGACUCGGAUUACGGAAGCAAGAGAGGUAGAAAGUCUAGAGGACCGAAACAUUCGGCUCCUUCUACCCCGGCUCCGGAAACCUCGUCAGGCGGCGGUGGUGGUGGAUCCGGCAUGCCGACAAUUGAAGAAGUUUGCUCCACCUUCGGACUCAGUGACGUCGACAUAGAGUACACCGAGACGGAAUUCCAAAAUCUCACGUCGUACAAGCUCUUCCAACAGCACGUUCGACCUCUGCUAGCCAAGGAAAACCCUAAAAUACCCAUGUCCAAGCUUAUGAUGUUGGUGGCGGCCAAGUGGCGCGAGUUCUCCAACAUUAACCCCAAUCUGCAAUCUGAAGGUCAAGAACAACCAAGCACUCCAGCACCUGAAGAGUAUACCAAAAGGACUAGAACACCAAGGGAAAAGGAGAAAAUCGAUUCCGAAGCUUAUGAGGAUGAAGACGAGGAAGACGAUGAGGAUGAGGGCAAAAAGAAAAAGAGGAGUUCGAGGCAAAAGAAGGCGGCCAAAAAGUCAAGCAAGGUGCCCACACUUAAGAUCAAGCUGGGCAAGAGGAAACGAGGCAGUUCGGAUGAAGAUGGCGAGGCCAGUGCCAACGGAUCCGAUAGAGAUUCGGAUGCGGAAUUCGAACAGAUGUUGCAGGACGCCGAAGAGCCCAGCAGUUCCAAGGCGUCCAGUGGAGAGCCGGCACAACCGACUGAACCCCAGGAGGAAACUCCGCAACCCCGUCGGAAAGCCAAAACGAAAAUCGGCAAUAAGAGCAAGAAAAAGAAGCGUAGCAAACCAAAGGAAGAAGAGAACUAUGAGCACCAAGAUUACUGUGAGGUGUGUCAGCAAGGCGGCGAAAUUAUUCUUUGCGAUACUUGCCCACGUGCUUACCAUUUGGUUUGCUUGGAACCCGAACUUGAAGAGGCUCCUGAAGGGAAAUGGAGUUGUCCCCAUUGCGAAAGUGAAGGACCCGCUGAACAAGACGACGAUGAACAUCAAGAAUUCUGCCGAGUUUGUAAAGACGGUGGAGAAUUAUUGUGUUGUGAUUCGUGCCCUAACGCAUACCACACUCAUUGCUUGAAUCCACCCCUGUCUGAAAUUCCGGACGGCGACUGGAAAUGUCCAAGGUGUAGUUGUCCACCUCUGGUUGGCAAAGUAAUGAAAAUCCUUACUUGGAGAUGGACCUAUGAACCAAUUGAUGAAAAUGCGGUCACCGCCACCGGUAAGAAGCCCAAGGCUAAACGGCAUAGGGAAUUCCUCAUCAAAUGGCAUGAGAAGUCAUACUGGAAUUGCAGUUGGAUCAGCGAAAUUCAGCUGGAUGUCCACCAUCCGCUUAUGUUCAGAUAUUAUACCAGAAAAUACGACAUGGAAGAGCCUCCGAAACCGGAGGAGCCGUUGGAAGAAACCGACGCAAGAGUAACUAGGCUCAUGAAGAUGGGUGGUAAGAAAGAUGAAGAAAUGGAAGAAAAAUUCUACCGUUACGGCAUCAAACCUGAAUGGUUGAUCGUACAUCGCGUGAUCAAUCACAGAACGAUGAGGGACGGCAGGACGUUGUAUUUGGUUAAGUGGAGGGAAUUGCCCUAUGACCAAGCCACGUGGGAGGAAGAGUCGGACGAAAUUCCUGGACUCAAGAGCGCCAUUGAAUACUAUCUAGAUUUAAGGUCAGCUUGCUUAAAUCAAGGCAAAAAGAAAGGCAAAGGCAGGAAGAGCAAGUCUAAGGAGGUGGACGACGACGACCGCUCUUCUGGGUCAUUACAAACUCGCCGUUACACACCGCCCCCCGAUAAGCCCACAACUGAUCUCAAGCGCAAAUAUGAAAAACAACCCCACUACUUGGACGAAUGCGGUAUGCAACUACAUGAAUACCAAUUGGAGGGUCUAAACUGGCUGCGUUACUCAUGGGGUAACGGAACAGACACAAUUUUGGCUGACGAGAUGGGUCUUGGCAAGACCAUUCAAACGAUUACUUUCUUAUAUUCACUCUAUAAGGAGGGUCAUUGUAAAGGACCCUUCUUGGUGUCUGUACCUCUUUCUACCAUCAUCAAUUGGGAGAGAGAAUUUGAAACUUGGGCUCCAGACUUUUAUGUAAUCACGUAUGUUGGAGAUAAAGAUAACAGGGCUGUUAUUCGCGAAAACGAACUUAGUUUCGAAGAGAGUGCCAACAAAGGCGGAAAAGCUGCAAAAAUAAAGGGAAACAACAUUAAGUUCAACGUUCUUCUAACCAGUUAUGAAUUGAUCUCAAUAGAUAUAGCUUGUUUAGGCUCAAUUGACUGGGCCGUAUUGGUGGUCGAUGAGGCUCAUCGUUUAAAGAGCAACCAAUCCAAAUUUUUCAGGCUCUUAAAUAGUUACAGCAUCGCCUAUAAACUUCUGCUUACUGGUACCCCAUUACAAAACAACUUGGAAGAAUUGUUCCAUCUGUUGAAUUUCUUGAAUGGAGAAAAAUUCAAGGAUUUGUCAGCUUUCCAAAAUGAAUUUGCUGAUAUAUCGAAAGAAGAUCAGGUUAAGAAAUUGCACGAACUCCUCGGACCACACAUGUUGCGUCGGUUGAAAGCUGACGUACUCAAAAGUAUGCCAUCCAAGUCCGAGUUCAUUGUUCGUGUCGAAUUGUCUCCCAUGCAGAAGAAAUAUUACAAAUAUAUUCUCACUAGGAAUUUCGAAGCUUUGAAUCCCAAAGGCGGUGGCCAGUCCGUGUCUUUGUUGAACAUUAUGAUGGAUCUCAAAAAGUGCUGUAACCAUCCUUACUUGUUCCCCGCUGCUGCUGAGGAAGCUCCUCUAGGUCCUCACGGCAACUAUGACACACAAGCAUUAACCAAAGCAUCAGGCAAACUUGUCCUUUUAUCGAAAAUGUUGAAAAAGCUUCGAGAUUCGGGCCACAGAGUCCUCAUCUUUUCUCAGAUGACAAAAAUGUUGGAUAUUCUGGAAGAUUAUUUGGAAGGUGAAGGUUAUAAAUACGAAAGAAUUGACGGUGCGAUCACCGGUAGCUUAAGACAGGAGGCCAUUGAUAGAUUCAAUGCUCCUGGGGCACAACAAUUUGUUUUCUUGUUGUCAACCAGAGCUGGUGGUCUCGGUAUCAAUUUGGCGACUGCUGAUACUGUCAUCAUUUACGAUUCAGAUUGGAAUCCUCACAACGACAUUCAGGCGUUUUCAAGAGCUCACCGUAUCGGUCAAGCCAAUAAAGUAAUGAUUUACCGUUUCGUCACGAGAAACAGUGUCGAAGAACGAGUCACGCAAGUUGCGAAACGGAAAAUGAUGUUGACACAUUUGGUUGUGCGACCUGGAAUGGGCGGAAAGGGAGCCAAUUUUACUAAACAAGAACUGGACGACAUUCUCAGAUUCGGUACUGAAGAAUUGUUCAAGGAAGAUGAAGGUAAAGAAGACGAGGCUAUUCACUACGAUGACAAAGCCAUAGAGGACCUUCUCGAUCGUACCAAAGAAGGUAUUGAACAAAAAGAAAACUGGUCUAACGAAUAUUUGAGUUCAUUCAAAGUUGCCAGUUAUGUCACCAAAGAAGGGGAAGGCGAAGAAGAAGUUGAUACAGAAAUCAUAAAACAAGAAGCCGAAAAUACUGACCCAGCUUACUGGAUCAAACUGCUUAGACAUCACUAUGAGCAGCAACAAGAAGAUUUAGCUCGAACAUUGGGUAAAGGCAAGCGUGUCAGGAAACAAGUGAACUAUAACGACGGAGGAAUGACGACAGAUACUCGGGAAGAUUCUACCUGGCAAGAGAACUUAUCCGACUACCAUUCCGAGUUUUCUGCUGGCUCGGAUGAGGACAAAGAAGACGAUGACUUCGAUGAAAAGAAUGAAGGUGGAGAACUUGGUCGAAGACGCGGUAGGAGGAUCGAAGGAAGGAAAGACGAGAGAGAUAGACCUUUGCCUCCACUUUUGGCACGUGUCGGUGGUAACAUCGAAGUUCUGGGCUUCAACGCCAGACAGAGAAAGGCCUUCCUCAAUGCUAUUAUGCGUUAUGGAAUGCCGCCACAAGAUGCUUUCAACUCCCAGUGGUUGGUACGUGAUCUCCGUGGCAAAUCUGAAAAGAACUUCAAGGCAUACGUAUCUCUGUUCAUGCGCCAUUUAUGCGAACCCGGUGCGGAUAAUGCUGAAACAUUUGCUGACGGAGUUCCUAGGGAAGGCCUCAGUCGGCAGCAUGUACUUACCCGUAUCGGAGUUAUGUCAUUAAUAAGGAAGAAGGUUCAAGAGUUCGAACACAUUAAUGGCGAAUACAGUAUGCCUGAGGUGAUUAAGAAAAAUAUUAUGGAACAAAAUAAACCGCCCAGCUCUUCUACUACCGAAGCGGAAACUCCUAAGAGCGCUACCACAAGUACCAGCGCUACACCCGCCACAAGUGCAGCUCCCAGUCCAGCUCCAAAUCAGACUGAACCUGCGGAUAAAGAAAAGGAAACAGAGGAAGCUAAGGAGUCUGAAGUCAAAGAGGAGGACGGAAAGAAAAAGGAGAAAACUCCAGAAGAAAACAAAGAAUCAUCAGAGGAGAAGAAAGAUGAAUCUGCUGAGAGUAAACCCGAAGUAGAAGUCAAAUCUGAGACCGCCGAAGAAGAUAAGCCCAAGGAAAAGGAAGAUGAAAAAGAACCAGCAGCAGUUGAGGUCAAGGAGGAAGUCAAAGAGGAAACAACCGAAGAUAAGGAAGUAAAGAAGGAGGAAGAGGUUCAAGAAGAAUCAAAGGAAGUCAAGAAAGAGGUGGAAGGCGAAAAAGAAGAGGAAAAGGCAAAGACUGACGUAAAGAAAGAGGGAGAAGAAGAAGUUGUCAUUGUUGAAGAAGACAAAGAGAAGGAUAAGAAGAAACCUUCAGAUGUUGACAUUGCUGAACUGAAGAAACGGUUUAUGUUUAACAUUGCUGAUGGUGGAUUCACAGAGUUGCACACUCUGUGGCUGAAUGAAGAAAAGGCCGCUACACCUGGUCGUGAAUACGAAAUCUGGCACAGAAGACACGACUACUGGCUUUUGGCCGGAAUCGUCACUCACGGCUACGGUAGAUGGCAAGACAUUCAAGCAGAUGCAAGAUUCGCCAUCAUCAACGAACCCUUCAAGAUGGAUGUCGGCAAAGGCAACUUCCUCGAAAUUAAAAACAAAUUCCUGGCCAGGCGUUUCAAACUGUUGGAACAGGCACUGGUAAUCGAGGAACAGCUACGUCGUGCCGCCUACCUUAACCUCACGCAAGAUCCAAACCAUCCCGCGAUGUCAUUGAACGCGCGCUUCGCCGAGGUUGAGUGUUUGGCCGAGUCGCAUCAGCAUCUCAGUAAGGAAUCGCUGGCAGGUAACAAGCCUGCGAAUGCGGUACUUCACAAGGUGCUCAAUCAGCUCGAGGAGCUGCUCAGUGACAUGAAAUCGGACGUGUCACGAUUGCCGGCCACCCUGGCAAGGAUCCCGCCUGUGGCGCAACGGCUGCAGAUGUCGGAAAGGAGCAUAUUGUCGCGGUUGGCGGCCACCAGCUCGAGCAACGCUCAGACGACUGGUAAAUCUCAAGUAAUGAGCCAGUUCCCAGCUGGUUUCAAUGCUGGAAAUCUGCCAGGAUUUGCAGCGGCAGCCGCAAACUUUGCAAACUUCAGGCCUCAGUAUUCAGUACCAGGCCAACCACCAGCAGGUUUUCCAUCAUAGACGUAAUUAUCAGAAUCAAACUCAUUGUACACAUAACCUUGCUCAGAAACGCCGGAAUCAAAUAAAUGGCUAUUGGUGUCCUAGUUAAUUUACUAUUAUAUUUUUAAGUAUCUACAGUGUAGUUAUAUGAUAAAUUCGGCAUUUAUUUAUUUUUAUAAUAAUGCAUUCAUACAUUCCCUGUUCCCACCUGUCAUUAAUAUUUAGCAUAUAAAGUAAAAGAUGGUGUUUUUUGUGUGUUCGUUUUUACAUUUUGAGUUAAUGUAUUGUGAUCAGCUGUGUGUUUAAUUUUUUAUUUUAUAUGCUUGGUGGGAACAUGGGAUGGAAAUGUGUAGCAAAGUAGCAAUAGCAAAAUCUGUUAAUACAAGUACAUAUAAGUGAUGGUAGAAUUUUUUUAACUAGUAAUGUUUAUCUGGAGCAUUCCUAAAAACAAUAAAAUCUUGUAAAAAUCUCA